UCCGCACAGGCAGCCGGCCCAAGGUCACGCGGCGCAGAGGGAUGGAACCAGACCCGAGCCCGCGCCUGGCGGAGCAAGGCCUGUGCCAGCGCGCCCCUCACCGGGUAGGGGGCCGAGUCAGCCGCGCCAGGCCUGAGGGCUGUGGUUGGGGACGCCAGCGACACCCCUCAGCCUACCAAGGGCGGGAACGUUCCAGAACCCCCGCGAGCAGCCGUGGGCCGCAGAGCCCCCAGGCCGGCCGCGACCCCGCCUUCUGUCGGGAAGGUCCCUAGCGCCCGAGAGUCGCGGGCGAGGGGCGCGCGCACGGACGAGACCGCACCGCAGCGCACGCGCACUGGCGGGCACUCACUAGCCCGCCGCCCGGUAGGAGACGGAAGGCAUGGAAAGUUCCAGCCGGUUCUACAGCUGGUUGGUACAGUAGGCUUCACUAGACUUAGCUGCAACUCAGAAUUUCUCCUCCAGCACCUGAGUAAAUGCUGAUGGUCUUGUGGAGAGUGGAUUAAGAGUACGAGCUAAGUUCUCAAUCCCAAUUAAGAAGCGGAAAAUUUAAACUGUCUUCUUCAAAGUUUAUCACAACCACCACCAUCAAGACAGCAAACCAAAGGACAAAGACUUUGACCUGCUGUGUUGCUCUGUAUAGUCCAGUUCACGUAUGGUUUACAGACUUGGCUGGGGUUACUAAAAAUAAAAAAAGUUGGACACUUCUGUCUUUGGACGCUAUUAUUCACAAGUUACCAGAAUGAGAGCUGUACUGGACACAGCAGACAUUGCCAUAGUGGCCCUGUAUUUUAUCCUGGUCAUGUGCAUUGGUUUUUUUGCCAUGUGGAAAUCUAAUAGAAGCACCGUGAGUGGAUACUUCUUGGCGGGGCGCUCUAUGACCUGGGUAGCAAUCGGUGCCUCUCUGUUUGUGAGCAAUAUUGGGAGUGAGCACUUCAUUGGGCUGGCAGGAUCUGGAGCUGCAAGUGGAUUUGCAGUGGGCGCAUGGGAAUUCAAUGCCUUACUGCUUUUACAACUUCUGGGAUGGGUUUUCAUCCCAAUUUACAUCCGGUCAGGGGUAUAUACCAUGCCUGAAUACUUGUCCAAGCGAUUUGGUGGUCAUAGGAUUCAGGUCUAUUUUGCAGCCUUGUCUCUGAUUCUCUAUAUUUUCACCAAGCUCUCAGUGGAUCUGUAUUCAGGUGCCCUCUUUAUCCAGGAGUCUUUGGGUUGGAAUCUUUAUGUGUCUGUCAUCCUGCUCAUUGGCAUGACUGCUUUGCUGACUGUCACCGGAGGCCUUGUUGCAGUGAUCUACACAGACACUCUACAGGCUCUGCUCAUGAUCGUUGGGGCACUUACACUUAUGAUUAUUAGCAUAAUGGAGAUUGGCGGGUUUGAGGAAGUUAAGAGAAGGUACAUGUUGGCCUCACCCAAUGUCACUUCCAUCUUGUUGACAUACAACCUUUCCAACACAAAUUCUUGUAAUGUCCACCCUAAGAAAGAAGCCCUGAAAAUGCUGCGAGAUCCAACAGAUGAAGAUGUUCCUUGGCCUGGAUUCAUUCUGGGGCAGACCCCAGCCUCGGUAUGGUACUGGUGUGCUGACCAAGUCAUCGUGCAGAGGGUCCUUGCAGCCAAAAACAUUGCUCAUGCCAAAGGCUCUACUCUUAUGGCUGGCUUCUUAAAGCUUCUGCCAAUGUUUAUCAUAGUUGUUCCAGGAAUGAUUUCCAGGAUACUGUUUGCUGAUGAUAUAGCUUGCAUCAAUCCAGAGCACUGCAUGCUAGUGUGUGGAAGCAGAGCUGGUUGCUCCAAUAUUGCUUACCCACGCCUGGUAAUGAAGCUGGUUCCUGUGGGCCUUCGGGGCUUAAUGAUGGCAGUGAUGAUUGCAGCUCUGAUGAGUGACUUGGACUCUAUCUUUAACAGUGCCAGUACCAUAUUCACCCUCGAUGUGUACAAACUUAUCCGCAAGAGCGCAAGCUCCCGGGAGUUAAUGAUUGUGGGGAGGGUAUUUGUGGCAUUUAUGGUGGUGAUCAGCAUAGCAUGGGUGCCAAUCAUCGUGGAGAUGCAAGGAGGCCAGAUGUACCUUUAUAUUCAGGAGGUAGCAGAUUACCUGACACCCCCAGUGGCAGCCCUGUUCCUUCUGGCAAUUUUCUGGAAGCGCUGCAAUGAACAAGGGGCUUUCUAUGGUGGAAUGGCUGGCUUUGUUCUUGGAGCAAUCCGUUUGAUACUGGCCUUUGCCUACCGUGCCCCAGAGUGUGACCAACCUGAUAACAGGCCAGGUUUCAUCAAAGACAUCCAUUAUAUGUAUGUGGCCACAGUAUUGUUUUGGGUCACGGGACUCAUUACUGUAAUUGUGAGCCUUCUCACGCCACCUCCCACAAAGGAACAGAUUCGUACCACCACCUUUUGGUCUAAGAAGAACCUUGUGGUGAAGGAGAGCUGCUCCCCGAAAGAGGAACCAUACAAAAUGCAAGAAAAGAACAUUCUGAGAUGCAGUGAGAAUAAUGAGGCCAUCAACAACAUUAUUCCCAACGGGAAAUCUGAAGACAGCAUUAAGGGCCUUCAGCCUGAAGAUGUUAAUCUUUUGGUAACCUGCAGAGAGGAGGGCAACCCAGUGGCUUCCUUAGGUCAUUCAGAGGCAGAAACACCAGUUGACGCUUACUCCAAUGGGCAAGCAGCUCUCAUGGGUGAGAAAGAGAGAAAGAAGGAAACGGAGGAUGGAGGUCAGUACUGGAAGUUCAUAGACUGGUUUUGUGGCUUUAAAAGUAAAAACCUCAGCAAGCGGAGUCUCAGAGACCUGAUGGAGGAGGAGGCUGUUUGUUUACAGAUGCUGGAAGAGACUCGGCAAGUUAAACUAAUACUAAAUAUUGGACUUUUUGCUGUGUGUUCACUUGGAAUUUUCAUGUUUGUUUAUUUCUCCUUAUGAACUUAUGGAUAUGGUGAGACACUAACUUAAUACUGACUGGUCUUUGGGGAAAAAAAGUUAUGUAACUGUUGCAUCUCUCAGGCAUUGUUUACGCUGUAGGUUUUAGCCAAAUUUUACUUAGCAGAAAAUCAUCUAUUUACAGGACUUUAUUUUCCCAGAGAUGGAUGAAAGUAAAUCUUCAACUUAAAUGAAGCAAAACCUAACAGACUGAAUUGUGCAAAUGUGGUUUUAAAUUUUACAUACCAAAGUAAGGAGAGACCAGUUAUUCUCACAGAGCACUUAGAGCAGAGUAUAUGUUAAGUUACCAUGAAUUAAGGUAUACUGUCUGCACUGCCAAGUCUUGGCAGACCUUCUUACCCAGAAGUGUAGAAGAUUUGCUCAUUUCUAAAAAAUUUUUUCUGUCUCUGUAAUCCCUACCAUUUAAAAAACCUGAUUUCUUAGACAUUGUACAAUCAGUUAUGUACUGAAAAUCUAAUGUGCUUGUGUGAUACUUGUUUCAGGACAAGUUUGUUUGCCAGGUUCAUUUUGUUAGCAUGAGCCUAGGGAUUCAGAUUGCCAAAAGAAAGACUGUUUUCCUCUAGGUAUUUUUGUACCACAACUAUAUGGAAUGUUAGGGAAAAACAUUGUUCCAGUUCCUUUUUUUUUUUUUUUUCUACUUGAAGUUGAAGUGAACCAUACUGAAAUGAGCAACAAGUCUGCCUGUAAAGUUACAUGUCAUGAUUGUAUUGUUAAAUAAUUAUGGGGGAGAAAAUGAAGUAAAUGUUGCUGAUGAUCCCCAUAUUUAUUGAUCAGAUUAAGGUCGUUCAUAUAGUUUGGAAAUGACCAGCCCCCAAGUAGUGUUUUACUAACUUAUGCUAAACGGAUGAUUCCUCAUAUAUUCUGCUAAUGUUCUAGCUUUGUUCUUGUUAUUUGGAAAAAUUAUUAGCCAUAUGCCUUCCUUGGUGGAUCCAGUUGGAAGAUAUGUCCAGAAACCUGAAGAAAAAUUGACGCUGCCUUUGUGUGCUGGAUUGCUCUACUUGAUAUAUCAAGGUUGAAUUUUUAGAGGGAAAAUUUAAUUCUGUUAUCUUAUUUCAUCCUUGAUACAUUUUUCCCUGAUUUUUUUUCCUCAAAAGACUUGCCAUCUGUACACAGCCUCUUCAUUUUUGUUAUAGUAACUUGGAGUAUGAGGAUGUUUCAAUGCAAGCUGGCCAUCAGUAACAGAAAACUCAGUGCAUACUUUACUGUUGAUAGGUUGUCAGUAUAGUCUUUCUGUAGGAUGGAUAGCAUGUUUGAGAGGUGCCAAACAAGAACUUUUGGGGUCAGUAGUGUAUCUUGUGGAGGGUAUUAUAGGACUGUGUAAUUAUAGAAUUCUAACUUGACGUGGCUUGGCACCCAGUUGCAACAUCUGUGGAUGGGAAUCUUUUUCACAGGCUAUUUCUCCUUAGUGGGUACAGGGUACAAAAGAUGUUAGAGAAAAGCUCUACAGAUUAUGUACUUCUGUGUCUUUGUGUGCUCAACACUGUCCUUUGUCCUCCAUGAAAGAUGAAAGAAACAAAUUAUGUAUGUACUUUCUUUGACUUUCUUUAAUCUCUGAUACUUUUUAGAUUGCAUGAUUUUACUAGGCUUGUAUUUAGGGAAGUUACUUUUAUAAAUACUUUUGUAGAUUUUUGAAUCAAAACUCAGUCUUGAUUUUAAUUUUUUUGUAGUCUGUAAACUAGUUUCAUUAUGAUGGACUUGAUUAGUCCACAGUUAAUUUUAGAAAUUAUCAGGUAGUGUAGUGUCUUCCCAUGAUCAGGAGGCUUUCUGAUGGACUGAGUUUAUAAAUGAGAAAAUAAUUUAUGUACGAAUAGCAUGUAUUUCUGAAGAGCUUAGAGUGCCUUGUAGAAUUUUUUUCUCGAUUUUAUUCUUGAGGUUUAUAAUUUGGGGGCCAAAUAGAGACCAUCCUUUCCUUGUUUGGAGGUUGAGGCUGUGACAUGUCCAAGGUUAUAAAGUCUUAUUUGGGAAGAACAGAAAUCAGGUCUCCAAAUCUGGACUCAUGGUUUGUUCAGAUGUGUCUGGACAAAUGAUUGUCAGUGUUUUGUUCUGUUUUCUCAAAGGAACUGAUCUUUCCUUGAGACAACCUUUUGGUAUUUGGAUUUUUCAAAUUGCCAUUAAGUUAUAAGAAUUAAAAUUUUCUUUGAACCACACUGCUGUGUAAUUUGGCAGUGAUAAUUGACAUAUUAGCCGGGCAGCCUUUCUAUCUCUUCCAUAUCCAGCAUAAAUGACUAGGAAGUGUUUGUGAUUUUUUUUUUUCCUCCUUUUAUUUAACAUUGAGUCCUAAUAGUUUGGAGAAUUAGGGUCCCUCUACCUUCUCUCUGCUCUUGUCUUAGUAAGAUACAUAAGGUACGUCAUCUUGUGUCUGUGUGUAUAUAGCAGUAGGUCAAGUUUAGAGUACUAAAGUCUGUAAAUAAGGAAUGACUAUUAGCAUAUUCAUUAGAAUUGUUUAUUCUUGCCAGUAUAAACAUCACUUUAUUUAGACGAAAGUCCCUGAAGCUUGUCUUUCUUAUUGCUUCCCAGUAAUAGAUAAUGUGCUCGAAUAAGUAUGUGAAUUGCUGAUUGCAACUUCAUUCAGGGACCAGUCUUCAGUCUAUAUUUCAUUAGAAUGAUUGUUGCUGGAAUGAAACAUGGACUGUCUUAAGCUAGCAAAAUGUUCAUACUUUACACUGACUAAAUGAGUUCUAAAUGACAUUGGUUUUUAGACAUUAACGUGCAUAUUUUUAUAUUAGCUCAAGCUAAGGUUCAGAAUUGAAGAUUGAUACUGACUAGAAUAGCUAAAAGUCAAAAUGAGAUGAGGACGCUGGUCUUGGAAGGUAGAGAAAAAUACAUGUCUUACCAGGUGUUAAUGGUAUCCCCGGUUCUUAGACUUUUUUGUCUUCUCAGGCAAUUAAAAUUAGUCCCAUGAUCUGAUGAGAAGAGCGUAUUACAUUUGGUAUGCUGAUUGAUUAUUGUGUAUUUUGUGGGACCUCCAAUUUCCCUGGUCGUCUUUCAGAAUAUUCUGUCCUGCCACCCCCAGAGAGUAAACAGUUGAGUCAGUUUCUUCCCCAGCUACUCUUUCCUGGGGUUAAUUAUAUUUUGUCUUUAGGUUAGAGAAGCAUCAAGCAGUAGCAGUGGUGCUGUGUCCUUUGGCCUAAAUUCAAUAGAUGUGAUCUCCUAGGGCUUCCUUUUCACUUAGCUCAAAGGAUCCAUUGUCUUUUGGCACAAAGAGGCUGGCCAGGGUCAUGUAGCCAUAGCUCUUAGGGAUAGUACCUCAAGAAAUUAGCUGGGACCCAUCA